AUGAUACAUAUAUUAUGUGAAAUUGAGAAACAAUACGACGAAGUUGGAUUCCAUCGCAAUAGGGUUAUAGUUUAUUAUUUGUACAUUAUGAUUUAUAUCAUCGAGCAUAUGGAACAAGGGUUCAGUGAAUGGGUUACUUUAGAAUAUGCACAAAUUUUAAGAGAUAUUGGCUCUGAUAAGUUAAUCUUGUCUUCUUUACCAAAGGGUACAACAACUAGUGAUAUUCCUCAAUUGCUAUUGGAUUUGGGUUUACAAUGGAGUUGUGAUGAUUUGAAAAAUUUGCAUAAUUCUUUCCCAAAUCUACCACCAAUGGGCAAUGGUAAUUGUUGUCUUUUAGACCCUCAUGCUACCACUGAUUUAGUUCCUGAAGAUACAAACAAAUUCGAAUUCUUUAUCUUUGGUGGUAUCUUAGGUGAUCACCCUCCAAGAGACAGAACUAAAGAAAUUAAAGAAUUGUAUCCUGAUUUAGUUUCAGGUAGAAGAUUAGGUGAUAAACAAAUGACUACUGAUACUGCAAUUAGAACUACUCAAUUGAUUAUUGAAUCUGGUAAACCGUUGGAAUCCAUCAAGUUCAUCGAUUACCCAGAAUUCAGGUUCAGUAAAAAAGAAGCUACUGAAAUGCCAUUUAGAUACGUUUUAGAUGCUGAAGGUAAACCUAUCCUGCCAAAGGGUAUGUUAGAGUUGAUUAAAAAGGAUUCAGAACAAAGUCUUGACGAUUUAUUGUAA